AUGGCCAACAACGCAGCAGGAGAAAAGGUCAGGGACGAUAUUGCCAGUGAGACCUAUGAGUAUAUAAAACCCAGUGGUGGGAAAGAGCCUAACAACGAAGAAACCCAGGACCCGAAUCUGGGCGAGAAGGACGUCAGCAAGGAGGGAAAUGGUGUAAAAAAGACCAACCGAGGAGAAUACUACAAUGAAAGCAGCCUCCAACGUGCUCUCUCUGGUCUUAAGCAAGCCCCACGAGCUUGGUUUGCUAAGUUCAGUUCCACCGCUCAUGACUUCGGUUUCAUCUCUAGCUCUUAUGACUCUGCUCCAUUUGUUCGGACUACUAUUCAUGGUACCACUUUUCUUCUUCUUUAUGUGGAUGAUAUGAUUAUCACUGGGGAUGAUGCGGCUGGUAUUCUUAGCCUCAAACAAUACCUCAAUCGUCAGUUUGAGAUGAAGGACCUUGGUACCCUUAAUUACCUCUUAGGGCUUGAAAUCUCUUAUGAUUCUACUGGCUACUAUUUGUUACAGGCCAAAUAUGCAUCCUAUCUUCUGGCACAUGUUGGUCUUACCGGUUGCAAAACUACCUCUACUCCAGUUGAUCCUCAGACUCGUCUCACUUCUCUAGAUGGGGACCUUCUCUCUGAUGCUAUCCUUUAUCACCAGUUCGUAGGUAGUCUCGUCUAUCUCACUGUGACUCGUCCUGACCUUGCAUAUGCUGUCCAUCUUGUUAGUCAGUACAUGUCAGCUCCUCGCACUCCACAUUAUGCUGCUCUCCUCCGCAUACUUUGCUACCUCAAAGGUACUCUAUUCCAUGGACUUCACUACUUUGCUUCCUCUUCUCUUAAGCUGCGUGCCUUUUCCAAUGCUGAUUGGGCUGGGAAUUCUACUGAUCGACGCUCCACCACAGGUUUUUGUUUCUUUUUAGGGAUUCUCUUCUUACUUGGUGCAGCAAGAAGCAAUCUCUCACUGCUCGCUCUAGUACAGAAGCUGAAUACCGAGCUCUUGCUGAUACUACUUAGGAACUUCUGUGGUUCGCUGGCUCCUUGCUAA